AUUCACCCGUCACCGGCUGGAAAACCAGUAAUCUUGACACUUUUUAUUAUAGACACAUUUACAUACGUGACUCAGUUUUUCACUUUUUGGAAAGUAAAUAAUUUUCUAAAGAUCGACAUUAGUAGAAAAUGUAUUUUGGUUGUGCAAUCCAUAGUAGAAAAUGUAAUAUCAACACUCCUGAAUUUAACCAAAUACAAUAUUUUGUGCCUGUCACUAAUUAUGAGUUAUAGCGUAUAAAACUCAAAAUUCUUGACUUGGCUCAAACUAUUCGAAAUGGACAUUACUUUCACUCCAUACAGUGACUUUAAAUUGUUUAAAAUGAAUCUUCAGUUUGCUUCAUUUUUCAAGGGAGAAAAUAUGUCUUUACAUUAAGUUUUGAAGUACAAAUAAAAGUUUUAAGUGACAUUAGUGUUGAAUUAAAUUUGUAGAUACUUGGCACUUGGGCAGAGAUUAAACUCCCCAAUUCCAAUGUCAUUCCUACGUUGCUAUUAAAUAUGUACAAAUAAAUAGUACAGACGCAGAUUCCUACACAAUCCAGUAUAUAUAAUUUUUAAUUAGAUAAGAAAUUAGAGUUUAGUAACCUUGAGAGAGAUAUGUAGUUCACCAGAUGUAUUAUCACAUGUAUGUAUUAUCUUUACUAUAAUUCAACUCGACCACACCAUGCCAUAGACAUUCCACCCAAAUCCCUGGAAGAAAUUGCUCAACUUUCCUGAAUAAAAUUAUCUACUUCUUAAGUGCAAUAUUUAUACAUAUGAUGAUCAUUUUCACACAUAUGCAAAACGAAAGUGUCACUUCUUACGAUAUGAACUUCUUGUUUCUCAAAUCAUUUGAGGUGACAACUUGACUCGUCUAUAGAUGUAAAUCAUAAAGUUUACAGUUUAAAUUGUUUUACAGUUUCAUAGUUAUUCACACGCUUUGGCUUUCUCGACGUAACGAAGUACUCAGCUCGUACUCAUUGGCAGAUCUAACCAAGCGAUUUGAUCAUUCGUCACGAUCCUUAUGUUGUUCGUACUUUAGAUCUUGACAACAUGGAACAAUCUGCUGAGACAAUACAAAAUGCAGUUUUGGUGUGGACCUUAACGGUUCUCAAAUUUAUACAACAUGGAAUUAUGCAAAUACUGAACUUCUUCACCUUUAUGUUUGGUAAUGCCGAUGGGACAAAUAAGGAAAGCGAUAAAUCUGACAAGCCAAAGUUAAAAUCUGUGAAGCAGAUCCCAGGUCCAGCACCUCUCCCAAUAUUUGGAACCACACUCACAAGUCCAGCUCUGAAAAUGACAAAUCUCUUAAAAGCUAAUGAAGGAAGAUGGAAAGAAUUUGGUCCGAUUGUGAAGGAAGAACAUCUCUGGGGUUUUCCAAUGAUCCACCUCUUGGACGCUGAUCACAUCGAAUAUGCGAGCAAAAUGAUUGGAAAUUUUAGACCAGGAAUGGAAAUCCUCACUACGUACAGGAGUAAUCAUCCUGACCGAUACGACUCUAUUGGACUAACAAACGCCCAAGGAGAAGAAUGGGAAAUGCUCCAUGGUGCUUUGAGCCCAUUGAUCACAAACCUCAAUUUUAUCAAGUCAAUAGCCCCCGCAGCUGCUGAGAUGACGGCCGACUUUAAGGACUUAAUCAAAGAGUCAGGUCCAUAUAUUGAAGAUGUACAAAGCCUGGUUAGAAAGUUCGCAGCUGAAAGCUCUUUUUACAACGUCUUUGGAAGGCGCAUGGGUUUCAUGUUCAACGAGGUCCCAACGAAUAUGCAAGAGUUCCUUCAUACCCACGACCGACUUUGGAGAGCAGUACACCAGUCCUCAUACGGCUUCCCAUGGUGGAAGUAUUUCCCCACCAGUUUGUGGAACCAGAACGCCAAGAGCGAGAGCCUUCUUUUGGAUAUGAUGGAAAAUAUGAUUCAAACAUCAAUCAAGGAAGACUCAACUCAUGAAGGGCUGUUGGGUGGAUUGCUUGAUGUAAAGGACGUAUCAUACAAAACUAAGCGGUUAUUGGCACUAGAAACGAUAUUGGGAUCGGGGGACAGUGUCAUUUCUGCAUUGACUUUCGCAUUGUAUUGGAUCAGUCGGGACAAACGGGUUUCUAACAAACUUUACGAAGAGCUCAAGACCAUCCUCCCCACGAAGGACUCUGAACUUAACUAUGACGAACUCCAGAAGCUUCCUUACUUGAAGGCUUGCAUUACGGAGAGUUAUCGAAUGAGCAACCCUGCUCCCAACAUAAUGAGACUUGUGGAGCAACCCUUGGAGUUGGGAGGCUACCUGAUACCAGCCUACUCUCUACUCAUUCUUCAGUGGGGUUUUGCUGUUAUGCAGGAGGAUUCCUUUUACAAACCGAAAGAAUUUUUACCAGAGCGUUGGAUUUAUGAAGGAAAUGAGCCCAGAUUCCAGCCCCACAGACGAAGCCUUAUGCACCCCUUUGGCUACGGAAAACGUUCGUGUCCAGGAAAAAGAAUCGUCACGCUCUACGUGCAUGUCCUAUUGGCCAGGGUUAGUUGUUGAGAUGCAUUAAAAAUGAUCUUCCGGAAUUUCGAAGUUACAGGAAGUUGUCCCUUAGAGCCGAAGUAUGAAUGGCUAAUUCAGCCCGGGAAUGUUCUUCCCUUGACCUUCAGAGAGAGGUCUGAUGACGAGUAGAUAACAAUUUGGUGCCAUAAUGUUGAUUUACCGUUGUAAUAUAAAUACAUGUACUCAAUAAAUACAUAAUAUUUUAAUUUAAACAA